GAGUACAGUUCGCAGGACGCAGGAAAGUUUUCUGCAGACAAAUGUUUGCCGCUUUUCUUCUCCACCGCGACCGAGUCCGCUUAGAAACUCCCCAAAACUGAGCCGCGGGUGCACAGCGGGCUACGCACACUCCGACCAAGCACAAGGGCACCGAAGAAGCUCUUCGCUGAGUAACAGAGGAAGAGAGGAGGAAGGGAGAGAGAGUGAGAGAGAGAGAGAGACUGAGAUAGAGAUCCUAUCUCACUCUCCCAGUUGAGGUUUUCAGCGGAUCGCGUCCAGCGUCUCGCAACUGCAGGACAAUGUCUAGUAAAGCGACUUUAGCAUUAUUCAUCUAUGGAAUCAUAAUGCAUUACAGCGUCAACAGCUCACCUGUGGGGCUUAGCUUUCCCAGUCUUAGACUUGACGGCGAUGUUUAUGAUGAGGACGGCAAUUCCUUACCGUCCCUGGAUUACGACAGAGAUCAACUGGAGGCGAGGAGCGCUCCGUCUGUCGCUGACGACGUCUACACUUUGUACUACCCUCCGGAAAAAAGAACGGAAAGACAUGCAGACGGCAUGUUUAAUAAAGCCUACAGGAAAGCGCUGGGUCAGUUAUCAGCAAGGAAAUACCUUCAUUCUCUGAUGGCAAAACGUGUAGGCGGGGGGAAAAUGUUGGAUGACAGCUCAGAGCCCCUCUCCAAGCGACACUCAGAUGGGAUCUUCACAGACAGCUACAGCCGCUACAGAAAGCAAAUGGCAGUCAAGAAAUACCUGGCGGCGGUCCUUGGGAAAAGCCUUGAAGACAUAGGUUUUCACCAUAUCCUACAAGAAAUAGACUUUGAUGCCCUCCCGGACGGGGAUGAGUUUGAGGCUUUUUUGGGAGAAUGGCUGAAACAGUUCUCUCCCGAAAUCCCGGGUUUGUGACGCAGGAAGCAGUUUGCGGCUGUGGUGCCUUGCAUCGACUUUAAAAUCGCCAUGAAUCCUAGAUGGCUAUUUAGUGGCCCUACAAUGCUGCACAUCAUCAGCUUACAUUUCACCCUUUUGUUGUUGUUGCUGUUGUUUUUGUGUUACACAGAUGUUUGAUAUAGUCUUAAGCAUCAUUCAUCUUAGACGUCAAGCACUGUUGCUUGCGCUGCUUUCUUUUUGCACUUUGUGUUUAGAGCACUAGAUGUGGAUUUUUUGUGAAAAUAAAGAGAAGAAGCAGUUUCCCGUACUCCAUAAAACAUUA